AUGACCGACUCAAACUGGCGCCGCUUUCUCGGGGUCAACAGAGUAUGCCAUCAUGCCCUCAAGUCACGUCGCUCUGAAGCUGCCCUGCAGGAAAUGCUCAAAGAGGCCCCCGAAAACAAGGAAACGCAUACUCCGCGUCCGAGAGAGAGAAUGACUCGACUUACGAGCUGGCAAGGCGUAUCUCAACCCGACAGAGGCACUACCUCGUUGAAUAGCGCAGACUCCAUUUUGGACGAAGCAGACAAGGAGUUCAUCAAUGCAAACCAACAGGUUUGGCGCAACCCAUCUGUUGACCAAGUGACAGAAGCUUUGCGCGCUACGUUAAUGACGAGACCAAAUGAGCCACUGUCUGCUGAGUAUCGUCCACAUGUUUUACUUCUUUGCGAAUUCUAUGGCACUCGACACAGCAAAAUCGCCAAGCUCGAAUCACAACUGACAGAAGCACAAGAUGCGUCGAAGAAGGAGACCGAGCGACACAAACAAAUAGAAGAGCGUUGGAUACGUCAGGACGCACGAUACAAAGCCGAAGUCAAGCGACUUGAGAUGUUCAUUCAUCAAACGUCCAACAAGGGCAUGGAGGCUGUGGUGUUGGCCAGAGCAGGGAGCCUCAUCAGAACAAAGCCAGGGAGUACCUCAAAAGGGCCAACUACUGUCAAGCCAAACUUCAGUGAAGGUGUCGUAACGAGUGAUAUGUCCCGGACACGAACAACGGACACUAGCAAUGAGAUCAGGCUGAGCAAGGCCUUUCGAAAACUUGAGGAAACAAAAGGUCCUAGCGGAGGUACUCGCCGAUCUGAGGCUCAAGUUAUCAGCCAGAGUAAGACACGCCGUAAACACUGCCGAGUAGGACAGCACUCUAGAGACGACUCUAUUACUCUCAAUGGCCCAGCCACGCACGGCACAGUCAAUGAACCGCCGCACGAAGGCAGUCCCGGGCAGAAGCGCCAUUCAACCGAGAAGACACCGGCACAGCAGGAGGUCGGUGUUGUUAACCAGCCAAUACAUGCCGAGAUAACAGGCAUGCAUAAGCAUGGACAGGGAGGACACGACAGGGUUCUGGAGGAAACGCCUGAUCAAAGUACUCAUCGAGGACACACUCACCAUCGCCGCCAGUUCUCGUUUGUACCUGGAGACGAUACAACAGUUUCAGGCACCACCGACUGGUCGACCAACGGCUCAAAUCCGUCAAGAGAAUUCGAGGUCGAGAUCAAUGGAGUGUAUACAGACGGCGAAGUUAUCGCGUCCGGACGCGGACAACAGUUCCGGACCAGGAGAACUCCUAAGGCCCUGCUAACGGUAACGUCUCGGUCCCGUGUCAACCAGGACUCAUUGACAUACAACCGGGACCUUUUGCGUGCAAAGUAUCCGAAGGCAAAGUCUUCUUUGGUCUGGGCGAACAGUUAA